AUGAGCUCGCCAAGACCCGCAGCACCAGAUGCCGGGCUGGCUGGAGCCGCCUCACCCGCCCCACCGACAGCCGCGCCCACGAAAAAGACGCUGAAGGUGGCGGUGACGGGCUGCGUGCACGGCGAGAUCGAGAAGGUCUACAAGACCAUCGCCGAGAUCGAGAAGCGCGACGGGAUCAAGGUCGACCUGGUGGUGUGCGCAGGCGACUUCCAGUCGGUGCGCAACCACGGCGACCUCCACCACAUGCACGUGAAGCCCAACUUCCGGAGCCUGCAGAGCUUCUACAAGUACUACUCGGGCGAGGAGACGGCCCCGAUCCUCACGCUCUUCGUCGGCGGCAACCACGAGGCAUCGGGCUUCCUCCUCGAGCUGCCCAACGGCGGCUGGGUGGCCCCGAACGUCUACUACAUGGGCUUCGCCUCCGUCGUCAAAUUUGCCGGACUGCGCAUCGCCGGCCUGUCGGGCAUCUACAAGGCCCAGGACUACCAGAAGGGCCACUACGAGCGCCCGCCUUUUGCCCGAGGCUCCGAAAUCUCGGCCUACCAUGUGAGGGCCCUCGAAGUGUUCCGGCUACGACAACUGCGCGCUCGAGACGGGGAGGCCGCGAAGAACUGCAUCGACUGCGUCGUCACGCACGAUUGGCCGGCCGGCAUCACCGAUUAUGGCAAUGUGCAGCAGCUGCUCCGGUUCAAGCCGUACUUUGAGGAAGACAUCAAAUACAACCGCCUGGGCAACGCGGCCACCCUGCAGCUGCUCCAAGAGCUCCGCCCGAAGCACUGGUUCGCCGCCCAUCUCCACUGCAAGUUCCCGGCCCUGAUCCCGCACGAGCUGGACGGCGUCGAGCCGACGAAAUUCCUCGCGCUCGACAAGCCAAUUCCAAGGCGCCACUUUUUGCAGAUUCUCGACAUUGAAGUGGAUGCAGACGCUCCGCUAACACUCGAACACGACGCCGACUGGCUGGCCAUCCUCAGAAGCACCGACAAGUUCACCGAGGUCACCGCCCAGGCCUGCUACCUGCCGUCGAAGGUGUCGAAUGAGCGCUGGGACUUCCGGCCGACCGACGAAGAGCUGGCGGCGGUGCGUGAGCUGGGCGAUCUGAGCGUCUCGUCCACAUUUCUGCACACGGCGCCUCCGUUGAAGCAUCAGGAUGUGCAGAUACGGAAAAACGACGGCCCCAGCCAAUACUACCGCAAUCCGCAGAGCGAGAAAUUCUGCAAAUGGCUCGGCAUCCGAAAUCUCAACGCGCUGCUGGCCGAAGAUCAGGGAGCCGAUGUGGGGACGGCCUUCUAUUUGACUGACGUCAGCAACCAAAGCGGCGAGAUCUCGUUGAGUUCGCAGGAGGAAGAGGAAUUCGGGGACCUCGGAUUUGUCGUCGACGGGGCCGGAGCGUUGCCUGGGGCCGCUACAAGCACAGGCAGCAGCAACACCACGAAACUGCCCCCGGUGGCCGCCGGCGAGCCGAUAAUGCACGAGGGCAAUGAGGCGUUUGGCGCGUCGGAGGAGUGGACGGCCCCCGUUGGCGCCGGCGAUUUGGACGAUCUGCUCGCUGGGUUUUCGGCUCCCGGCGAUGGGCCCGCGUCGAAGCGAUCCAAGUUC